AUGGCUGCAAUGAGUAAUACGAUGAAGGAUAAUUUCGAUAACCUUGUCUUCAGGUUCAAAAAGCGGAUCGACAUAAGGACAGUGUACUCAGCAAGGCGGCUGAAUGUUUUAGAGAAAAUCUAUAAUCAUGUCAAGAUGAUUCGUGAACAUGAUGAUGACACGAAUGAGGAAAAAUUCCGGCGGAAAGCGAGUGGAGAUUCGCCGCCUCGCUCGUCGACCGUU